UCCGCCAACACGAAUGACAGCCACAAGCUCUCUGUAAGUGGUCGGUGUUGCAGUGGCUCCGAAGCUCCGUCCCCUGGAUCUGUGCUUGAUAAAAACCCUUUACCCCUUCACUUCUGAGCAGAGCUGUCUGGUGUUUCUGGGUGAUCAGGGUUAAAUAAUCAGCAUGACUGUACUCCUGGAGGAAGCACAGUAAGGAUCCUGCUGCUGCAUGCUUGGCACUAGCCGGCAGUGGCCAAGCUACUAAAGCAUACUGCGUUGUUGACAUCCUAUUCAGUGAUAGCAUUGAGACCAAAUAUAAUGCCAUUGGUGGAAGAAACAACUUUGCCAAGUGAUCCUCCGCUGACUGUACCAGUGGUUAUUAUAGGAAAUGGCCCUUCAGGAAUAUGUCUGUCUUACAUGCUGUCGGGGUACAGACCUUAUUUAUGUCCAGAAGCUGUGCAUCCAAAUCCAAUCCUACUCAACAAAUUAGAGGAAGGAAGGCAUCUUUCUAUCCCUGAACAGGAUUUAGAAUACCUGUCAGAAGGUCUUGAAGGUCGGUCAGCCAAUCCUGUUGCAGUAUUAUUUGAUUCUCUGCUUCAUCCAAAUGCUGACUUUGGAUACGACUACCCAUCUGUCCUGCAAUGGAAACUAGAGCAAGACCACUAUAUUCCUCAUCUAGUACUGGGCAAAGGACCGCCUGGGGGAGCCUGGCAUGAUAUGGAAGGAUCAAUGUUAACUCUUAGUUUAGGAGACUGGAUGGAAUUACCUGGACUUAAAUUUAAAGACUGGGUCUUGGGAAAACGAAGAAAUUUAAAGACUGAUCGUGCUACACCAGCAGAAGUAGCUUCAUAUUACAAACAAUAUGUGAAGGUAAUGGGUCUUCAGAGAAAUUUUAUUGACAACACCUACAUUACCUCUGUGACCAAACCCUUUAGAGAACAGGAUGAAUCUGGAAGCCAUGAUAAUGAAGAUGCUUCAUCCGAGCCGUGCAUCCAAAAAGAAAACGAUCAGUCUGUUUUAAAGAAAAAUUGGGAAAUCCAAGGCUACCAAAGAGCUGCUGAUGACUCUCAUCAGUCCUUCUGUCUUUUUGCUGAAACACUGGUUCUUGCCACAGGAACAUUUGAUGCACCUGCUCGACUUGGAGUAAAUGGAGAGGACCUGCCUUAUGUGUCACAUUCAGUUACAGAAUUUGAGUCAGCUGUUAUUAAAGGAAAGCUAAAUGGAAUAGUAGACCCCAUUUUGAUAGUGGGAGCUGGACUCACUGCAGCUGAUGCGGUACUAUGUGCUUACAACAAUAAGAUUCCUGUGAUACAUGCUUUCCGAAGGAGAAUAAAUGAUCCAAGUUUGAUUUUUAAGCAAUUGCCUAAAAAACUCUAUCCAGAAUACCACAAGGUGUACCAUAUGAUGUGUACGCAAACCUAUUCAACAGGCUCCAAACUGCACCCAACGUACACAAGCUAUCCUGAGCACUUUGUGUUUUCUUUUAACCAUGACAUGGAGUGUGUUUUGCAAAGUAAUUCAGGAUUAAAGAAAGUCUUAAAAGUAUCAAUGGCUUUAGUAUUAAUAGGUUCCCAUCCCAAUCUUUCAUUCUUGAAAGAAAUGGGUAGAAGUCUUGGGCAUAAUCCCAAUCAGAAUAUUACCUGUAAAAGUAAUCCAGUUGAGAUUGAUCCGUUCACUUAUGAAGCCAUCAAGGAACCUAAUCUUUUUGCACUGGGGCCUCUUGUAGGGGACAAUUUCAUUCGGUUUUUAAAAGGUGGGGCACUUGCUAUAACCCGAUGUCUAGAAAUACGGCAGAAGACGAAAAGACAAGAUAUUGUUGAAGCUAGUGUCAAUGAUAGCGUUUCUUAGGGAUCCAGAAAAAGAAUCCAGGCCUGUCUGCUGCAUUUCAUUCCCAAAGACAUUACCUUACAUGCCAUUUGAGAUCUGCAAAUUUGUAGAUAUCAUCUGAAUUGCAAGACUUGAAAAAAGAACAUGUUUUACAUAGACCUUCAACAAUGCACUAAAAGACUGUUUUGUUGUAAUAGCCAAGUUCUCUCAUACACAGAAAAAAAAUACAUUUACUACAUAUUUUAAAUAGUAACUUUUCUUAGAUUCAUUCUUUCAAUGUACAGUAUUUGUAUUUGAAUGAAAUCAUUAGGCUGGGAUAUCCUCAAAUCUAAAUUUAGAUUUAUUACCAUGACACUAAUAUUUUCCAUGUUUGUUAUAUGAAAUUGUUAUUUUCUUAUAUAAAAAAAUCAUUAUUUUUUUUUUAAUCUUACAAUGUUGAUAGCAGACAUGGUACUAUUUGAUUUAAUGUUAUUUACAAAAUAUAUAUAUCCUUUUAUAUGUAUAUACAUAUAUCUAUAGCAAGGAAUAGCAAAUUAUUAGUCACAAUACUGUUUUACAUAAAAAAAGGUAUUAUAUAAGUGCUCUUAUAAAGAUAUCCUGAUUAACGUGAGUUUUAGAUUGCUGUUGUUAAAAUAACAUUAGCAAGCUAAAAAUGUAAAGAAAGGAUCUUUACGUUCAGUUUUGCAUAUAUAUCUUAUAUGUACAGGCAGUCCCCAGGUUACGAACAAGAUUCUGUAGGUUUGUUCUUAAGUUAAAUUUAUAUGUAAGUUGGAACAGGCACUUAUUUUUAGGUGAAACUCUAGCCAAACAUUUUUUUUAGUUUUGGAUAGCAUAGGGAAAAGUUUGUUUUGCUCUCUGAGCCCGUGUUCAGAAAAUUUCACAUCACUUUCUGUCCUUGUGACAAUUGGAUUUUGGGUUAUCCUGGAAAGAAGGAUUGGUGAUUAAGCUCUAUUUUCUCCGUUUGUAAGUGCGAGUUGUACUUAAGUUGGAUGUCUGUAACCCGGGGACUGCCUGUAGUUGGGUUAAAAACAAAAAGAGACCUUACAGACAUAUUCAAUAUGUCCAAAAAGCUGCUAAAACUACUAUUGUUUAAAGCCAAUGCUGCAUUUCUUUUCGAAAAUAGUCCUACAUAAUAAAAUAGUUAUUAUAUUGGGUAACUUUUAACAACCAAAUAUAUUUUAAAUAUCUUAUGUGUAUGUAUUUAUUUAUACACACGCACAUAUAUCUAUCUAUCUAUCUAUCUAUAUAUAAAACACUUUAAAAGUUUUAAUUAGCACUAUCCAUUUUUAAAUAUAUACUGCUUAAACAAUGCUUUGCUUGAAAUCUAAAUUAUUUUAAAGAAUAGUGCCAUAAACUUAAAGGGACAUUAAACAUAUGAAAUUGUGCUUGUCCAAUACUCCUUAAAAGGGGCAAAAAAGCAAAUUUUGUAACCUAGGUCUUCUUUAAAGUGUUGUAAAUUGCCUAAACCAGCUACUGGUUUUCAGCAUUUUGAAGAAGUACCUAGAUUACAUUUUGUUUUGUUUUUUGCACACAAGUAAGAGUUUUUAAAGGGGCAUUAUAGUGAAAAUUGACAUGCACAGAAAUGCAUUUUGUUUAGAAGCAUUUUGUCAUACACAUGUAUAAACAAAACGUGCUGUGCAAGCAACAUACAAUCUGUAUACAGCAUGCACCUGCAUUGACGCUUCUGCCGAGAGACCCAAUGUUUAAUUUGAGUCCAAUUUUUCUGCGAAUAACCUACCUAAACCUCAGUCUGCCCAAAUCUCCAAUCCAGCUCUGCCCACUUCCUGCCCAUCUUGAAUUGACAUGACAUGAUUUUGCCCCAGAGCUCCCUGACUAAGCCACCAGCCUCCCUAUCCUUCAUAGUUUUCAAGGAAAUGUUGGGGGUUAAAGAGCCAUUAUAAUCGAAAAAUUACAUACUCUUAUCCAUUAGAGCAUGUCAUUGUAAGACUAUUGCCCCCACAGUACUGUGUGCUUAACCCCUGUAAAUGGGUUAAACACGCAGUAGAAGUGCCCCUCAGGACCCACAGAGCACUGCUGGUCCUGAGUGGAACUCGCCACCGAUCCAAUCAGCAAAGCUAGUCGCACAACUCAGAUGUGCAACUAGCGCUGCUGAUUGGAUCAGCAGUGUUUUCCUUUCGGGACCAGUGCACUGCGAGUCCCAAGCUGUGCUUUUACUGGAUGUUUAAAGACACAGUACUGCAAGCUGUCAUUGAAACAGUGAGAGAUUUUGCUAGAAACAUUUUUCUAAUUUACACCUAAUGUCCCUUUAAGAAAGAUAAGGCAGAAAUUAAAAUGACCAAGAUUUAUCUGCUGCCAGUUUGAUGCCUGGAUCCUCCAGCUGUUAUAUUACAUUAAUGUUAAAGGGACAGUCUAACUUGAAAAUUGUUGUUUAUAAGAUAGAAAAUCCCUUUAUUACCAAUUCCCUAGUUUUGCAUAACCAACACAGUUAUAUAAAUAUACUUUUUACCUCUUUGACUACCUUGUAUCUAAGCCUCUGCAAACUGCCCCCUUAUCUCAGUGCUUUUUACAAACCUGUAUUUUACCCAAUUAGUGCUGGUUCCUACAUAUUUCCACGAGUGUGAGCACAGUGUUAUCUAUAUGGCACACAUGAACUAGCACUGUUUGGCUGUGAACAACUAAUAAAAUGCACUGAGAUAAUAGGCGGCCUGCAGGGGUUUCGAAACAAGCAGAGAUUUUGAGGUUUAGACGUUAUAAAGUAUAUUAAUAUAACAACAUUGGUUGUGCAAAGCUGGGGAAUGGAUAGUAAAGGCGGUAUCUAUCUUUGUAAAGUGCCCUUUACAAGUUUAAUUACUAUUAAUAAUGCUAGUCUAAUUCCAAGUUUAAAUUAUAACAUGCAGGGUUUUAUGCGCACUAGCACUUGUAGGAAUCAAGAAAUAAGCACUUUCUUUGCUCUAAGGUGAAGAUGUAAUUUUAGCCUUAAACUGAAUAGAAAAUAAAAAUAGAAAAGAAAAUACAUAUGCUGUAUGUCAUAAUGGUUUACCUGGGAAACUUUUCCACACUACUAAAUAUUUUGCUGUCUGUAUUCAUUAAAAAAAAAUGUUUAUUUGGUUUAUAACUUAAUUUGCUGUGCAAAAAUAUGUUUGUAGAGGUGAAAGUUUCUGCAAUGUAAAAGUUAUAUGAGGAAUAAAAUAGAAUUAUUGUUAA